AUUUGUUGCUCAUCAUCACACUCCAGCGGCUAUUUUCCAGUACUGGUUAAUGAUAUGCUUCGUAUGCUCUCAAUAAGAUUGUGUUUUGUGUUCUUGUUUGUCAGUUCAAAACCAAGGGACUUCUAAAAAUUAAAUCAUUGAUAAUUCGUUAUCCCUCGAAUGCCAUCUAUCCAGCCAAUACAAAGUGGUCUAGGCGGAGCAAGCACUCGAACCGUACAUAUCGUUGCCUUUGCAUGCUUGUCUUGGGUGAUAAUCCGAAAAGAUCAGGGCAAUCAAUAUGUGUGUGCCACAUACGAAUUUACGGUAGCAAUGAAGGGGCUGGAAAGCCUGUACCUCGUACAUGAUAGCGCGGUACUAUCAGGUAUUAUAGAGCACCCUUCAGUGAGGAUGAGCUCAACCCCGCUGGCGUUAGUCAACCAACCGACAGCACGGAUACUAACUAAUUACUAUUUACCUUCAUCCGCCUCCACUAAGCUUGGACUCCUAUGCGCCAUGAGUCGAUCUCAACUCGGAUUGCUAAAUCAAUCAUCAUAGGCCACAACAUGAUUAUCAUUCUGACUCCCUUCUACGAGGAUUGGACAUUCAUUGCUCGUAUCUUGCUUCGCGAAUAGUCUUCAAGAUUGAAGAGUCACCUUCAAGACCCAAGCAACCUAGCCACA